AAAGAAGCCCUAACCGGACCGGGAGCAGGGGAGGCAAUUAGGAGUCGUUCAAUAAGAUGGGCUCUAAUGAUCCUAGGAUCGAUUCUUGCUAUAGAUUAACAUCUGCUCUGGGCUACUGUCCACAGCCUCCGAGAGGUUUCACUAACAUGCUCCCGAUUAAGAUGGCCGCUGCGACUAUUGCCUUAGAGAGGGACAAGAUUGAUAGUAUUGCUACCUUAAACUGUUUCACAAUAGUCAGGCCGACCAGAAGCAUUUUACUCGAGGCUUUUGUGAGGUUAAUUAAGAAGAGGUAAGUAACUUGCAACUAUUCUAGGAUAUAUGUUGUCUUAGAAAACAAAUUCCAUUAACUCGUUC